AUGUGCCCAACAGGAAGCGAAUUGCUCCGGUCGGAGACCGCCGGGAAAUCAAAUUUACGUUCAGCAUUCAACGUUCUGGACGCCGAUCAAGAUGGAAAGAUUAGCCACGACGACCUCCGUGCAUUUUACGGAGGAUUUUCGGUCGACGGGGCGUCGGAAGAAGAUGUUAUAGGGUCCAUGAUAUCCAUGGCUGACGCAAACAAAGAUGGAUAUGUGGAAUUUGAAGAGUUUGAGAAAGUUUUGGAGCAUACGAGGAGAGGGAAAAAUAAGGGAUGGGGUGUGAACGUAAUGGAGGAGGCAUUUAGGGUUAUGGACAAAGAUGGAGAUGGAAAAGUUGGACAUGAAGAUCUCAAAAGUUACCUUCUGUGGGCUGGUUUUGAUGCCGUUGACGAUGAAGAUGUCAAGGCCAUGAUCAGAAUGGGCGGUGGUGAUCAAAAUGGAGGGGUUACAUACCAGGGUUUACUCAAGAUUUUGGCCGUUUGA